AUGCAGACCGCCCCGACGCCGUUGAAUGAGCCACCAGCACUUGCCGAAGCAGACCAGGCACGCUUGUUCCAGUGUAGCACAUGCAAACGAUCGUUCACGCGAGCGGACCAUCUCACGCGACACGUGAGAGCGCCGCUGUGUAUUCGUAAUAACACCGCUGACUUGGCACCCACAGACACAAAGUCCAAGCCCUACAUUUGCCCUGUCUGCUCAAAAGGCUUCGCACGCAUAGACUUGCUCAAAAGACAUGUAGCGAACCACGCCACUGAGCCUGCCAACAAACGACAGAAACGCGAAAUCGCUCGCGACACGAGAGUUGUCCAAGCAUGUGAAGCUUGUUCGCAGAGUCAUCUUCGGUGCGAAGACGAGAAGCCAUGCAGUCGUUGCAAGAAGAAGAAGAUCCCUUGUCGCGUGCCAGACGGUGCGGCUGGAGAUGAGAAUGAGACCCAUGAAAUAGAUGCUGUACAUGCGGCGCAGGAUCUACUUGACCUGUCAAAUGGGUUUGAUUACCCCUCAUCGCUACCGAGUCGCGCCGGCGGCGCCAACACUGCCUCUGCAACCUCUGAGACUCCAGAACCAUUCCACAGCUCAAUGGCAGACUCGAAAAGCAUGGCCCACCAUCCCAGGGCCCUUGGUGGCUCUGGAAUGAGUGUGUCAAGCCUGAAUGACAUGCACCCACCCUCCAGCAACGGUGGGCUUCCGCCAAUGGACCAGAACUACGGAGACCCAACCAAUUCCAUGUCCUUCUUCGAUAACCCAAUACCGCAAUUCGAUACCACACCCGGCCAAAACCCCUUUCUUCCCGACUACUUCCGAAAUAUGCCUCCAUUUGAUGCGUUUUUCUCCGGCCAGGCUACACCGCGUGGCAUCAUGGACCUUAGCUUUGAUAUCGAUGUUGGGCUGACUGAUUGUGAUCUUGGAUUGCUUGACCAGUACAACUUCCAGGUUCCCUUUGCCGCUGAUACACCGUCUACGGAUGCUCACGGGGCCGAUCAACACCCAUCAGAAACUGACACUGCGCCAGUGAGAGCGGAAGCUUUCAAACAAAGCAUAUGGCGUUAUCUUCCCCAACGCUCAAGGAAUCCUAAUGCAGAACAAGUAAAUUUGGCUUUUACAGAUACCGAGAGAGAUCGUCGAUCUCACUUGACACGUCGCAUAGUAACAGAGAACACGGAAAAUAUCAAAAAGAUUGCAUCAGCUUUCCCCAGCAUAGAGCUCCUCGACGGUCUCAUCCAGUAUUUCCUGUCAUCGCCAGCGUUGGAGGCCCAAUUGUGGUUUCAUGUUCCGACCUUUUCCCCUUCAAAUCUGAACCCGGAGUUACUUGCUUCCAUAGUAUCUGCCGGAGCGGCUUCUAUCCCUGACAUAUCCCUGCGUAAGCUUGGGUACGCUUUCCAUGAGGCUUCUAGGAUCGGCCAAUCAAAGACAUUUGAAGAAGACAACACGGCCAUCAGAGACCUUCAGCAUCUCCAAACCUUCCUCCUUCAACUCAAGGUUGGCAUGUGGAGUGGUAUUAGUCGGAAGAUGGAGAUUGCGGAAAGCUUUCUCCAGCCAUUGAUGACGAUGCUCCGACGUGGCGGUCGUUUUCGUCGCUUGACCUGGAAGGAGAUCUACCCGUUUCCUGAUGACCAGGGCAUGGCUCUGGAGGAGAAAUGGCAGAGCUGGGUGAACCAAGAAUGCUGGCUCCGCCUUGUCCACCGGACGUUCGAAUUUGACAGGCAAUCUUCCAUGGCGUUACUCAAGCCCCCACUGCUUUCAUAUGCGGAGAUGCAACUUCCUCUCCCGAGCUCGAACAUUCUAUGGCAGGCCAAAUCCGCUGCUGCCUGGAAGGCGGCGUACCUAAACAUGCCACCGAAGGCGACGAAACAACCCUCUGCGAUCGAAUGCUUCCUGAAUCUAGAACAUCUUGCGCAGCAUGAUUUCGCCAGUCCGACUUACCUAUACAUGAUUUGGGGCACGAUAUGGGAAUACCGUCAAAUGUGCACUUUGACGACCAGGUCUCAGGCCUUGUCAAACAACAGCCUCAUACUAUCUUCUCGCUACCAAGAGCUUACAAAACAGCUUGAGGAUUUUAGAGUCAGCAGUCCGCCGAUGAACAAGACUGUUGAGAUCACGCUGGAGAUUAUGCUAGUUCACCUCAACGCACCGCUCGAUGAGAUCCAGCUCUUCGCGGGUCUGGAAGGACAGGAAGAGGCACGAAGCGCAUACUUAGGUUUACGAGACUGGACCAAAACUUCUUCAGCACGCCAAGCGCUGUGGCACGCUGGUCAGAUUCUACGGGCCGCUGAGGUACUACCAAAAUCUUUGCUCAACAACUUCAACGCCAUCGCCGUGUACCACGCCGGGCUAAUACUAUGGGCUUACGGAUUUCUGAAACGGUCUGUACCGGAAUUGAGUCAAGUAGACUCUCUUGUCGUACUAAACGGAGACGACUCGCUCAGCGCGCGCAAGUUCAUCACUUUGGACCGUGGAAUCCCCGCAAUCAGGAUUUCAGGUUCACAAACUCCUACCCAACUCGGCGAUGUUUGUGGAGUCAUGGACGGGCUAAUACGACUCCUGCGAGCGCAUCACGAAACAUCCGAGCCGUCGCCACCGCUGGUCGGAAACCUGGUUCAACUGCUUGAGGGCCUGCGAUCUGCUAUCAAAUGA